ACAAAGUGGGAGCUCUGGAGCCGCUGCGCCUUUUACGCACAGCUGUUGGCUGAACGCACACUCCUGCUCCUGGACUAAAGGACUGGACCUCCUCACUCAGAGCCUUUUCUGAUCCACCAUGGCUUUCACUAUGCUGAGGCCGGUGUCCACGCAUCCGUUCUCUUACCCGGUAGAUCUCACCCUGAUGUCGGACGACGAGGAGGGGAACCGGAGCGAGAGCGACGGCAGCACCGACCAGGGCUACGGCGGAGGAUGCUACGGGAUUCCGGGGGAGACCGGCGGCGUCGUGGUGCGGCAACGGAACGCGGCCAACGCCAGGGAGAGACACCGGACCCAGAACGUGAACACGGCCUUCACGGCGCUGAGGACGCUCAUCCCCACGGAACCGGUGGACCGGAAACUGUCCAAGAUAGAAACGCUGCGCCUCGCGUCCAGCUACAUCUCACACUUGGCCAACGUGCUGGUGGUCGGAGACGGAAAGGACGACGGUCAGCCGUGUCUGAGUGCCGUCUACAAGGAGGUGAAGGGGAGAGGAGACGGAAAACAGCCGAGGAGUAUCUGCACCUUCUGCCUCAGCAACCAGCGGAAAGGGGUCAAAGACAGAAGGGAUUGUGUGAAAAUGCACGGAGGCAGUGCACGACAGAUGAGCCGGCGGUGAGACUGGGACCUGGACGGACACUGGAGGACACUGGGGAUAUGUUAUCUGUGACAGAACUGUUGAUGCAUCACAGAAACACAGAGGAGUACUUCAUGGAGCAGUUACCUUCUUGGUUGUUUUACCAGUAUGAGAUCAGAGAGUUGGCAUCAAACCAUCUGGACGUCUGUGUCUGUAUCUGCUGUUUGUUACAACACAGUCGAGCACAGAACGUGGACGUUCAGCAGCAGAUUUUCUCUUCCCAUGAGUCUGAGCAUGAUUUUGUUGUUUACACAGGAAGUGAGUAAUGUCAGAUCGAGUUCUGCAUUGUUGGUGUGUUGUUCACUUUUGA